CUGAAAGGUUGGAAAUAUAAAUAAGCCGAUCUACCAACCGAUUGUUAUCAGUUCUUAGUGUGAUAUCGGCUUUGUAUAUUCUACAAAGCAGUUAAGAAACAAAAAAAAUGAAGUAUUUCAUAGCUGUGAUCUUAGUUGUUAUUGCUGUGGCUUCAGCUGAACCUCCAUCCAGAGAUAGAGGUUUUCUAGCUCGUCAAACCCAGCAGCAAGCUUAUCAGUCUCGAGGUAUUAGACCUGCUGGACCACAGUUCAAUUAUGCUUUAAGAUCUCAGAGACAACAACUUCCUCCUAUCCCUGCAGCAUCUUAUGGACCACCAGCUCAAGAAUACGGCCCACCAUCCGAACCUACCACAACAGAAUUACCCACAACAACAGAAACAGUUGAAACCACUACUUUGGAAGCACAAGCAGAAAACUCGCGUCUGUUUUCAACGAAAGAAAAACUAACCAAUGCCGCUGAAAAUCAAAAAGCUCAGUCCGUAAAUCCAGCAUCGUUGUACGUGGUGGUACCUCAAACACAAAAUCUAUUUUACACUCAAUCAGCUAACCUUGUUAGUGCUCCAUUCCAACAGCAACGAUUACUACCAAUUCAAGCUGUACCUGCAUUUGCUAAAAUUCAAGAAGUUCCGCAGUUCGCUCAGCUGGUUGAUCUAGCUAACCUAGCAACUGUAUCGGCUGUGCCUGUAGCCUCAUCCGCUUAUACCAGUUUUGUAAAUACUCCUUAUAGCUCGUCUUUUGUGCAAAGCUUCCAAUAAGCGGAGAUGACUAUGUGAUACUUUUUGUCUAUUUGAUAUAUGGGUUUAUCAGUUAAUAAAUUAUUUAUUGGAA